AUGGAAGGUGUGAAUGUGAUUGAGAAGAAUGAAGUUAAUAAUACUAAUGAAGGUAGCAAAGAAUGUGAAAAUGGUAGUGAUCUUGUGAUAAUGGAAGUUUUUGCAUCUGAUAGUACUAGUUCACAUGGAAGUGAAGUUGAAGAGAAAAAAGAUUCGGGUUGCGAGGAUUUUGAGAAACAAGUCUUGGUAUUACCAGGGCUAGAGGUUGAGAUGAUGAAGGAAAGAUUUGCGAAAUUGUUACUUGGAGAAGAUAUGUCAGGUUGUGGAAAUGGAGUCCCUACAGCAUUGGCUAUAUCUAAUGCCAUAACUAAUCUAUGUGCCACUAUUUUUGGCCAACUUUGGAGAUUGGAACCAUUGUCAACAGAGAAGAAAGCAAUGUGGCAAAGAGAGAUGGAAUGGCUUCUCUGUGUUAGUGAUCAUAUUGUUGAAUUCAAACCUAGUUGGCAAAUAUUUCCAGAUGGAAGCAAGUUUGAGGUCAUGACUUGUAGACCACGCUCAGAUCUUUACAUCAAUCUCCCAGCUUUGCGAAAACUCGACAACAUGCUUCUUGAAAUACUAGAAGGUUUUGUCAACACCGAAUUCAGGUAUAUCGACGAAGUUGUUAUGGCCUCAGACGAAGAUGGUUUAUCCUCUUUUCCCCGGUCGGUUCAGAGACAAGAAGAGAAAUGGUGGCUUCCAGUACCUCAAAUUCCGCCUUGUGGUCUCCAUGAAAAUUCAAGAAAACAGUUGCAGAAUAAGCGCGAUUGCGCAAACCAAAUAUCGAAAGCUGCAAUGGCCAUUAACAACAUCACUUUGGAUGAAAUGCAGGUUCCUGAUACCUACUUAGAGGCUCUUCCAAAGACUGCGAGAACCGGUUUGGGAGAUGUUAUCUAUAGAUAUAUUACCUCAGAUAAUUUUUCUCCUGAAAGUUUGUUAGCUUCUCUUGAAAUAUCUUCUGAGUAUGAAGCCAUAAAGAUUGCAAAUAGAGUAGAAGCUUCGAUUUAUAUUUGGCGUAAAAAGAAUAACUUAAAGCCUGCGAAUCGCGCUACGAGGUCAAGUUCAAGAUCAUCAUGGGAAAUGUUCAAGGAUUUGAUUGUUGAAGGAGACAAAAGUGAAAUGCUUAUUGAGAGAGGUGAAAGCCUUCUACUAUCCUUGAAGCAACAUUUUCCUUUUCUCCCUCAAACAUCCUUAGAUGUCAGCAAAAUCCAAUGCAACAAGGAUGUUGGAAAAUCCAUUCUAGAGAGUUAUUCACGAGUACUAGAGAGUUUGGCGUCGAAUAUUGUUACACGAAUUGAUGACCUUCUUUAUGUAGACGACUUAACGAAACAUUCUGAUGAAGUCUCGUCUAUAUCAAAAACCGGUGUUAUUCCUCGCAAGAGUAUUUCAUUUCCAUAUAAGGUUGUGACAAAUUUUCUUAGCAUUGGGAGAAAAGAGGACUAUGGUUGUCCAAUUGAUACAAAGUUGGUUCCAAAACUACAUACAUUUGAUGAAGUGGUGGCAUCUGAAACAGAUAAAGAAUCAAGUGAUUGCAUAGAAGAUUUUAAGCUUGAUGUAAUGGAUCAGGCAUGGAUUGAGUGA